UAAUCCAAACUGAAACAACGAACAUCCUUCAUAGGGCAUAGAAUAUCAGAGGAAAGAAAAUAAAAUCAAGUAAACCAGUAUUUGAACAAUCUCCCUCGGCCAGUCGAUCAAUCAAUAAUUCAAUAGAAACCAAAUUCGACGAUGGGGACGACGGGUGGGAGCGACGUGGAGGCGGGAUUCGCGAAGCUACAAGGCGAAGACUUCGAAUACUACAUGCAAACGUACUCCAUAAUGCUUGGUCGCAACUCCAAGAAAUCCACCGUUGACGUUGACUUAGCCAGCCUCGGCGGCGGCAUGAACAUUUCCCGCCACCACGCCCGCAUCUUCUACGACUUCACGCGACGCCGCUUCGCACUUGAAGUCGUCGGCAAAAACGGCUGUCUCGUUGAAGGCGUACUCUACCUUCCCGGCAACCCUCCCGUCAAGCUCGACUCCCAAGACCUCCUCCAAAUCGGCGACAAAGAAUUUUACUUUCUUCUCCCCGUGAGGAGUAUUCUCGGGGGACCCCUUGCGCCUAGGCACCAUGUUUCGAUUUACCGGACGGCGGGGGCGGAGGCAGCGGCUGGAGGUGUACCACAUUAUAGUUACCAUGGUGGGUCGGAGACGGGGAGGACGGUGGGGUCCGUUACGGGUUCUGCUGUGGUGGCAGCGGGAUCAAAGAAGGGGAGGGGAAGAGAUUAUCACGAGGAGUAUGGGGAGGAAGAUGAUGUUGGGAGUGGUGGGAAGAAGGUUAGGAAGGAAGAUUGGUAUAUUGGGGCGGAGGCCCGGUCCGGAGGAAAGGCUUGUUUGGCCGGAGGAUUAGUUCCUGUAGAGAAGAAGGGAGAGGGAAGAUCAAGAGUUGACCGUGAAUCUGAUAAUCAACAACUUAUGCAGUUGGAAGAAAAGGAUGUGGUGUCAUCUGUAGCUACUGUGCUUUCUGAUCUUUGUGGUCCUGGAGAAUGGAUGGCCAUGGAGAAACUCCACGCUGAGUUGGUUGAACAGUUUAGUAAUGUGUGGCAUCACAGCCGAGUUAGAAGGUAUCUUACAUCUGAGGACUGGCCUGAUCCCGACUCCAAGGGUAAACCAUGGUAUGGUCUGCUUAUGUUGUUAAGAAAAUAUCCUGAGCACUUUGUCAUCAACACAAGAUCCAAGGGCCGGAUAACCCUGGAGUUCGUCUCUCUUGUAUCUUUGCUUUCAUAAGAGCAAUGGUCACAAAGCGUUAAAAGGCACUUCCCUAUCAUGGUCAUCUUACAUGCUUGUUGGUAAGUCAAAGAAGUUGCAGAGUUCAGAAUAUGAUGACAUAAUGUUCUUAUUUUUGAGAGCCACCCUCUUUGAUAUCUGGAAUGUCUUGUUGGGCAAAUUGUAUUUGGAUAGCAGUCGCUUAAGAUUUAUCGCUGUCAUUUAUUAUUUUGGAGACAAAUUCUCUGUACAUUUAUGCUGGCGAUGAAACUUUUUAUUCCAGGAAAGAAUGCUUGUUAUGAAUUAUACUGU